UUUUCCACAACACACUCGAACCACAUUUCCUCCUGUACAUUCAAUUAUAUACGUAUUUGUUGUGUUUUCAGUUAAUUUUGUGAAAAAUGUCUUCUGAUUAUGGAAAGGUGGAAGCCGAUGUUGAACUCAAGGCUUCUGCUGCCAAGUUCCACGAGUUCUUCACCAGAAGACCACACCAUCUGAGCAACAUCAGCUCUGACAAAAUUAAGGAGUGUAAUCUUCAUGAAGGUGAAUGGGGAACUGUGGGUUCUAUCAUCCACUGGAACUAUGUCCACGAUGGCAAAACUAAAGUUGCCAAGGAGGUGUUUGAGGCCAUAGACGACGAAAACAACUCGAUCACUCUGAAAGUGGUGGAAGGAGACCUUCUGGAGCAUUACAAGAGCUUCAAGGUCACCAUUCAAGCCUCUCCAAAAGGUGAGGGCUGCACUGUGCACUGGACGUUUGAAUAUGAGAAGGUGCACGGCGAUGUUGAAGACCCUCAUACAUUGCUCCAGUUGGUAGCUGAUAUCACCAAAGAUAUAUCUUCUCACCUAAGCACCUAAGUAUGUAAGACGAACUUACUGCUAUAUAUAUGUGCGCGCGCUGCAGUUAAUUACUACGUACUCUCCUGUGAGUAUCUAUAAAUAAAAUAUCUGGAGACUGGCUUACUGGCCUGACCAGUGCCACAGCCAUGUUUGAUUGUGAUUCAUGCUAGUACUUGGAUAUAUAUAAUCUGUGUGAGCUUCCUGCAGCUUUCUCUUUAUCAAUCUACCAGCUUAUUUUGCUUCAAUUCUCUCAUAUGUACAAUAUAUCUUUAAUGUAUUAUAUUUUGGGGCUGGCAAUAGGUGUUCA